GACAAUUCGGAUGCCGAUUCCACGACCGGCUUGAGCACGGCAUCUUCAACAAGCUCAAUCUCAUCCAGCAUUUUUGAGUAUCGAAAGGUUCAUGACCGAACCUAUCACCGUGAGAUGGGAAAUGCGCAGUACUGGGGGGCCAAUGAUGAAAAGCAGAGCGAGUUUCUAGAUAUCAACCAUCAUGCUUUGACUCUUGGCAUCAACGGCAAGCUCCAUCUUGCACCACUGGAGAAGGAGAAGGUCCAAAAAGUAAUUGACAUUGGAACCGGCACUGGCAUUUGGGCCAUGGAUUUUGCCGAUGAGUACCCCGGCGCAGAGGUUAUCGGGACGGAUAUCUCGCCAAUUCAGCCCUCGUGGGUUCCACCGAACCUGAAAUUUGAAAUCGAAGACUGCACCCAGGAGUGGACAUUCCCCGCCGACCACGCCGACUACAUCCACAUGCGCUGGCUUGUCGGCAGCAUUCCUGACUGGGAUAAACUUUUCUCUCAAGCCUAUCGAUGCUGCCGACCAGACGGUUGGGUUGAGAGCUUUGAGCCCUCACCCUUCUUCACUAGCGAUGAUGGAACUGUCAAAGAGGAAUCUGCACUUGGUCAGUGGGGCAAGUUCUUUAUUGAGGGCGGUAAAAAGUUCGGAAUGAACUUUACUAUUGUGGAAGAUGACGUCCAGGUGAAAGCCAUGGAAGCGGCGGGCUUUGUGGAUAUUCAGACAUUUGAGUACAAGACACCAGUAGGAGGCUGGCCUAAGGACUCUCACUUGAAAGAGUUGGGUCACUUUGGCCGACAUGUUGCGCUGUCAGAUACUGAGGGUGUCGUGUUGUUUAUGGCCAACACGUUGGGCUGGACUGAAGCCGAAGUACAAGUCUACAUUGCCCAUUUCCGCAAGGAGAUCAACUCUGGCAAGUAUCAUCCCUACUAUAGGCAGAGGGUAGUAUGGGGUCGGAAGCCGCCUUUGGCUGAAUGA